CGUGAAAUUUAUGAAAAUUGGGCCGGUAAAAUGUUCGAUUCCUCCUUAAUCCUUGGAGUUUCCGCUACGCUGGUUUCUUUCGCGGUGGGCUACACCCUGGCCAAGCAUGCCAAAAAACAUGCAGAUCCUUCUCCAAGCCCCACAACCGGAGACGAGCCAGCCGAAAAUGUGUUUGCGGAUUUCGGAGGCGAGUACAAGAUGGUGCUGGUAGUCCGCAAUGAUCUAAAAAUGGGGAAGGGCAAGAUCGGAGCCCAGUGUGGUCAUGCCGCGGUCGGGGCGUUCGAGACGGCGCUCAAGAAAACACCGGCUGCGGUGAGAAAAUGGCAGCAUAGCGGCCAGGCCAAGAUAGCGCUCAAGGUGGAGAACGAGCUGGACAUGAUGGAAAUUUACCGUACGGCCAAGGCGAACAAUCUCAACUGUUGCCUGAUACGCGAUGCCGGACGGACGCAGAUAGAACCGAACAGCAAAACGGUGCUAGCCCUGGGACCGGCCCCGAAUGCGGCCAUCGAUAGCAUAACGGGACAUCUGAAACUUCUUUAGAUAGUUCUCUGCCUCAACAGAGUUCCAGGCAUUUUCUAAGUUAACUCGUUAAGAUACCACUUAGCCGAGCUAUACGUCUCUCUCAAGGGAGAAACAAUACAAGAGCGCAAUCUGAAUUACUAGCUAUUUUAUUUC